AUGCUGCUCACCCUGCCCAAGGACUGCGCCCUCAUCGACCGCCUCAUCGAGAAGGUCGCCCUCGCCCGCCGCCGCGGCGUCACCGGCGAGGACUUCAACCGCCAGCUGUCUGCCUUCUUGGCCUGCUGCCCCGAGCUGGCCCAGCGCUUCCACGUCGAGGAUACGCCCGAAUUGCGCCUGCUCAAGCGCCGUCCGAGCAGUGGUAGCGAAGUGUCGUCGCACAACAGCUCUAACGAGCAGCUCGCCACCGGUGGCCGCAAGCACACUCGCGGCGGACGCAAGCACAAGCGCAGCCCGAAGAUGAAGGCCAAUCCGUUCGACUACAGCAACAACCGUGUCCUGGACGAUUCUGACGUCGACUUUCUCAUGGGUCGUCGCUAG